UGGCGUGUGAACUCGGAGGCUUCCGUAGAGGGAGGGAUAAAGAUGGCGGCGGCAAUACUGGAACGUUUGGGUGCAUUAUGGAUGCAGAAUUUGAGGGGGAAGCUCACUUUGGGGCUUCUUUCGUCUCACAGUGUACCCCAAUCACAAAUCCACACAAGUGCUUCUCUUGACAUUUCUCGAAAAUGGGAGAAGAAGAAUAAAAUUGUUUAUCCUCCACAACUACCUGGAGAACCUCGGAGACCAGCAGAAAUCUACCAUUGUCGAAGGCAAAUAAAAUACAGCAAAGACAAGAUGUGGUAUUUGGCAAAACUGAUACGAGGAAUGUCCAUUGACCAGGCUUUGGCUCAGUUGGAAUUCAGUGACAAAAAAGGGGCCCAAAUAAUUAAAGAGGUUCUCUUAGAAGCACAAGAUAUGGCAGUGAGAGACCACAAUGUGGAAUUCAGAUCCAAUUUAUAUAUAGCUGAGUCCACCUCAGGGCGAGGCCAGUACCUGAAACGCAUCCGAUACCACGGCAGAGGUCACUUUGGGAUCAUGGAGAAGGUUUAUUGCCAUUAUUUUGUGAAGUUGGUGGAAGGCCCCCCACCUCCACAUGAAGCACCCAAGACAGCACUUACCCACGCCAAAGAGUAUAUUCAGGAGCUCCAGAACCGGACCAUCAUUCACACUCUAUGAUGGGGGAAUUCAGACUCCACAGUGUAUAUAUUUGCCAUUUAUUUCCUAAAAACAAACAAAAAUUAAAGACAAAUGCUUUUUA